AUGCCUCCAUACCUUGGCCAGGGUGAUGAGGACCCGCUGGACGCAGCACUUUAUGACUUGUGCAUCGUCUCGAGGCUUGUUACGGGCUUUACACUGUACGGGGUCAGUCAACGAUAUGAUUGGAAAGGAGCUAGCUCUGACGCCAUGACACGAUGGACGGACAUUGGCGUCCGGUUCGCACCCCCCGGCCUUGGCAUCCACCCAAUUCAAAUGCGAGUCAUCAAGUCCACACGGGCUUCGCUGGAAUUUUGUCACGUCUCGAUGGCGUCGCAUCCAGCUCGCGACGUUGAGGAUGUGCAGUACCUCAACGACGACGAGAUCAACCGCUUCCUCGACGACCUCGACCACAACGACGACGGUUACAUAGACUACGGCGAGGUGGAGCACAAGCUCGACGCGGCCCACGACAAGCUCAAGCUCAAUUCCCACCACGUCCGAAAGCACGAGCACGACUCGCACGGCGAAAAGGACGAGCACGACGAAAAGGCGCGUCAUGUCUUCCUCCGCAGCCUGAUGGGCUCCGACGCCCAGCGCAUACCCCGUGCCGAAUUCCGCGACAUCGUCCGCUCCUGGAAGAUCCCUUCCCUCGAACAGGCCAAGAAGGAGGAACAGGAAGAGGACCAGUACGUCAGCCGCCUCCACGGCUGGCGUAGGGCCCGCGCCUACUGGGCCGUCCACGGGCCCGAGAUUGGCUUCCUCGGCCUCGUCGUCGCCAUGCAGCUGGCCUUCGGCAUCUGGCAGCUUGUCAAGUACCAGACCACGCCUCAGUACCGCGACGCCCUGGGCUGGGGCGUCGUCAUGGCCAAGACCUCCGCCGGCGUCCUCUACCCGACCUUCUUCUUCCUCAUCCUCAGCAUGUCGCGCUACUUCUCCACCUGGCUUCGCCGCUCCUACUACAUCUCCCGUUUCUUCAACUGGGACCUCUCCCAGGACUUCCACAUCCGCAUCUCCUGCGUCGCCAUCUUCUUCGCCACCCUCCACGCCAUCGGCCACCUCAGCGGCUCCUUCGUCAGCGCCAGCCGCCCGGAGAACCAGGACGCCGUGGCCCGCCUCUUGGGUCCCGACAUGGUCCCCCUCCGCUACGUCGACCUGGUCCGCUCGCUACCGGGCUUCACCGGCCUCACCGCCCUGGGCCUGCUGUAUGUCCUCUCCCUGCUGAGCAUCCCGCAGGUCCGCCGCUGGAACUACGAGGUCUUCCAGCUCGGCCACCUGCUCAUGUUCCCCAUCAUCGGCCUCCUGAUGGCCCACGGCACCCGGGCUCAGUUCCAGUGGCCCAUGUUCGGCUAUUUCCUCGCCUUCCCAACCCUCCUAGUCCUCUUGGAGCGCCUGACCCGCGUCUUCCUCGGCUUCCAUCGUAUCAGGGCCACCAUGAAGGUCCUCGACGGCGAGACGGUCGAGAUCACCGCUGUCAUCCCCAGCGAGCGUCUCUGGAAGUACAAGGCCGGCCAGUACAUCUUCCUGCAGGUGCCCCAGAUCAGCUUCUUCCAGUGGCAUCCUUUCACCGUAUCCCUCUGCGUCGGCAAGAAGAUGCAGGUCCACAUCAAGACCGACGGCAACUGGACGCAGAGACUACGAGCCCUGGGCGGCGAGUCGGGCGAGUCCGAGAUUGAGGUGGGCAUCAACGGACCUUUCGGCGCCCCGGCCCAGAGGUUCUACGACUUUAACCACUCCCUCAUCAUCGGUGCCGGCAUCGGCGUCACCCCGUUCUCCGGCAUCCUCGCCGACCUGCAGGUCCACGACGAUAUGGCCCACGGCGGCCCCUUCAACCGCAUCGGCGAAAUGCCGAAGCCCAGUACGACGACGACUGCGGCGUCGCCCAAGGACAAGACGGGCGAUUCGGCGGAAAAGCCUACGGAAGAGAACGAGAACGGGGCAGCGGAGAACGGCGGCACGUCGGAAGCGACAGUGGCGGGCGGGCAAAGCGCUCUGGAAGGGAGCGGCGGAGCCCACGAACUACCCAGGGCGGGACUUGACGGCGAAACCCACCUGGGCGCCGUCCAGUCCAACGAACUCACCGAGAAGAACCAGCAGUCGUCGCCUGGCGGGGAACCGCGCGACUUCCCCGACGACUACCGCCGCGUCGACUUCCACUGGAUCGUCCGCGACCGGAACUACCUCAAGUGGCUCUCGGACCUGCUUAACGACGUGUCGCUCAGCCAGGCGUGGUGGCGGCGCGAGCGGCCCGACGAGCAGCUCCACCUGGACAUCCGCAUCAACACCCACGUCACCGCCAAGCACAAGGACAUCGUCACCCACGUCUACCGCUGGCUGCUGGAGAUGCACCGCACGCCCGAGCACCCGGCCAGCCCGCUGACGGGCCUGCUCAACCCCACGCAGUUCGGGCGGCCCGACUUUGACAAGAUCCUCGACCGGCACUACGACGAGAUGGUCCAGUUCCGGGCCAGCAGGAGGGCGACGGCCGAGAGGAAGAACGGGAACGGGCAGCAGCAGCAGCAGCAGCAGCCGUAUAACGAGGAUUCGGGACUCAAGGUUGGCGUUUUCUACUGCGGGGCGCCGGUGGUGGGUGAGAUCUUGGCGGAUAAAUGCCACGAGCUCACGGUUCGGGGCCGUCAUGACGGGACCAAGAUUGAGUACUUUUUCAUGAUGGAGGUGUUUAAUUGA